AUUCAAACUCUCGGAAGCCGCGUUCGAGCGGGGCUAGGUUCGAAGAGGAGCGGUACUGCCGUUGUUUCCUGCUCGCCGUUCCGGGCCGUCCCGUCCCGUCCCGUCCCGUCCCGUCCCCUUCCUUCCGUGCGCGGUGGAAGGGAGGGCGCGCUGUUGUCAGUGCCGCCUCCGCCUUGCCAUCUUAAAGCGCUCCUUUCUGCCCGGCUGCGUCCACCUAGCGCUCCAGAGGCUUUGCUGAGAUGAAGUGGCUGCUUCUUGAAUAGUGCCUGAUGAUUUUUUUUGGAGAACUUGAAGUAUGACAUCAAAGGCCAUCAAAGAGAUGAAUAUCAGCAAGUGGGGAUUCAAGUCCGGUGAUUCCAAAUCUGAAUCAGAAUUGCAGGUGUAUAAGAAAGAAAAUGCAGCUCUGAAAAAGUCUUUGGAAGAAAUCAUUAAGGGCAAAAGCAAAAUGACACCUGAAGAAAGGAAGAGGCUUCUGGAGAAAAUACUUGCCCUUGAAACAGAAACAGAAGAAUAUAAAAGUAAACUUGGAAAAAAAGAUCAAGAAAUCCAGGUCCUGAAAGAUGAGUUAAGAAGUAGAAGCAAAAAUACAGGUGUUGCUUCCCUACGUGGUCAACUAGAAGAGAAAACAAAAGAAGUGGCUAAGCGGGAGCAGCUACUGAAUUCCCUCUCGGAAGAGGUAGAAUGGCAGAAAAACCAUAUAUCUGCGGUUUCUGCAAGAUGUACAGAUCUUGAAAGCAGAGCCAGUAAUGUCCAGAUCUCCCAGGAAAAGACUGUACACUGUUCUGGAACGCCAGUCAACAUACAUGAAGUUGAAAUUCAACUGAAAGAUGCUUUAGAGAAAAACCAGCAGUGGCUAAUAUAUGACCAGCAACGGGAGGCUUAUGUUCAGAAUCUCUUAGCAAGGAUUUUUGAACUGGAGCAGCAGCUAGAAACUGUUAACCAACAGCAAGCAAAAGAAGCUAGGGCAGAAGAAGACAAGCAGAGAUAUUAUGAACAGAUGUUGGCAACAGCUGAAAGGAAUCUGGAAGCAGAAAGGCAGAUUGUGUCCCAGCUGCAUGUUGAUCUUAGUGAAUUGCAAAGGAAGUAUGAUGAGAUUAAGCAAGAGGCAAUAAAUGUGAAUGGCCUACUGAAGCUGCAGAAGCAAGCUGAUAUUAAGACUCUUCAGGAUGAAAACCACAUCAAAGGGCAAAUCUUGCAAAGACUUACACAUGAAAAUGAAGUGGCCAGGAAAAAGCUGGAUGAAGAAAAGAAGCGCAGCCAGGCCCUCUCGUCUCAGAUUGAAGUGCUCCACAGGUCUUUGCUAAAACAGCAAGAAGAACAGACAAGAAUAGCAGCUUUGGAACAACAGAUCCAGUCAUGCACAUCAGACUUUGAGAAUGAAAAGCUAGAUCGCCAGAACCUGCAACACCAGUUGAACAAAGUCCUUAAGGAACUGCGGAAGGCAAGAGACCAAAUUACUCGUCUUGAGCCCUCAUUUUUUUUCCAGAAGCUUCCAGAACGUGGUGAAUGUUUAGAAGACUUAGACAACUUCCAGUCUGCUUUCGAAGACAAGUUGAUAAUACAAGAGAAACGUUCUUCACCCAAACGUACAAGUCUUCUGGAUGAAAGUUUCCUGGAGUGCCCCAGAUGUAAAACCCAAUAUCCUACAAGCCAGCAUAGGGAACUAUUAGCUCAUAUUGAUUUCUGUGCAGUUUAAGUCCUAGAGGAAGCCUGUAGCUACAUCUCAAUACACCCAUGUAAUUUAACUGAAAAUAAUAGCUUUUUAAAAACAACUCAUGAAGAUGCUAAAGGACUACAGUUCGUGUUUCAACUAAAACUUUUGUGCUGUAAUUUAAUGUUUAUGAAGGACUGGGCAGUAAACAACUCUGAGCAUGGUAUCUUGAAGUCCGAACUACUGAUUGUAUUUGCACUCUCGGGCAAGAAAGUUACCUUACUUUCUGUAGGCUAAUGCAUCAUGCAAAUGUUCAAUUAUUGCCACUUUUACUUUACCAGAUUAACAUGUGAUUCUUUGCCUUGCCUCCAGAAAUGCAUUUGGUCAUUUCAGUUUAUCGAGACCCUCUAACAACUGCAAAAAGGAAAAUGUUUUAAUAUCCAAUGAGCUGUAAGCAUAUAGUCCACAUGAGGGAACGCAUGGAGACAGUUGGGUGUAAGAGAAAAAAAAAUAUAUAAAGUAGCCCAACUUCUAAUUUCCACUGAACUUUUCUUUGUAAAAAGAAAGCAAGUCCCCGAUUCAGAACAUCAGGGUGUGUCUUGAUUAUGGCAUCCAUUUGGUUUGAGAUACACUCUCAUUUGCACUUGUUAUCCCUGAGCUGAAAGCUUAGGGAUAUAACUUAUCAGGGAGCCUGUAUAAGGAAAUGCUUUUUAAAAUAAUAAAAUGGAAUUGGCUAUUCCAGCAAUA